AUGUGCUUCAACUCGCUCACACAGACCUCCCCUUCCACCUCCAGCGAUUCGACUCCUCCUCCACACCCUUUGGCACAGCCACCUUGUCAUACCUCCACAUCCUUAUCUGGCGUCAUGCCCCAUGAAGGUUCCAUUCGCAAACGAGUCGUCAGAGCGUGCGAAGUUUGCCGUCGCAAAAAGGUCAAAUGCAAUGGUCAGAAGCCGUGCAGUCAUUGCGUCGCCUUUGCGGAACAAUGCAUCUACGUCGAUGUCAAGGAUCGCUCCGCCUACAGCCGCAGAUAUGUUGAGUCGUUAGAGAUGAGGCUCGAGAGAUUGGAACGGGCUUGGGCUAUAGCAUUCGAGUCGGGAGGCUGUAUGGGUACCUGUCGAUGGAGAGACGGCAAGGAUAUCAUGCGCAGAGCGAGCGAUCCUGGAGCUGGUGCAUCAACGAGUUUGCAGAUGCAGUGGGCGACAGAAGCGCUGAAUCCAUUGACAUCACCGACACCACAGCAUACACCAAACGGUCUAGACAACGGCUUGGUCGCCGGCGAGUGGCUGAACUCGCAAUCGACAGGCGUCCAUUCUUGUUUCGAAGGUAAGACGGCUGAGAGCUGGGAAACGGAGACACUGUCGUCAACGUCAGAGACGCACAACGCUCGAAACGUGAAGCGCAGGUUGCCCGAAGAAGCCAGGCUUGCUCCCUCUCUUAGCAACGACAGUAUCUCAGCUGGACAAUUGAGCUCUAGCAAACGUAUCAGAUCGGCCACUUUACCUCGACACGAAUCUCUGGUGUCCGCUUCGUCCAUUUCCCGCUCCGAGACGGCUCCUCCUACACAUGACUCUCGGAAACGAAGAGAACCGCCCAUAGCUCAAGCAUUCCGUGCACCUCAGGCAUUUAGGCCUCAGGGCGCGAUUCCUUCGACCUUCUCCGCUCAAAGUCCGUCCCCGCUCACCAACGGUGCUAUACAAUGGUCUGACAAUGGUCACGGUAGCUGCGAUGGAGUGGUCAUGCCAAGUCCAUUCCUUUUUGGAGCAGGUCUCAGCGAACUCUGGAGAGAUCAGACGUCGGUUCUCAGCGUUCUACCUUCUCAAUCUCAGUCUCAGGCUCCGACUCAAUUUCAGCAGCAGCACAAUCAUCAACAUCAACACCAACAACAGCACUCAGAAGCGAAGGCGACUCAGCUCAUGCCGCCUCCACCGUUGGAGCCAAACCAAGAAGAGAUGGUGGUCGGCCUUUUGCAAGGGUUCAUGAAUCAACAGCGCCACUGA